GAAGUUCUGGGUCAUUUUUACUGUGACGCACGGAAACCGGAUGGAGAGAAGUAUAAAACAUCGUCCUUCGAGAACAUCAGACAUUCUCUAAACAUAUAUUUACGAUCUCCACCCUUUAACAUCAUUAAGGACCCGGAGUUUGCAGAUCCAAACCAAAACUUCAAAGCUGUGAUGGCGGAACUGAAAUGAGAGGAUCUUGGAACUGUUACCCACCAUGCUGUCAUUUCGGAGGCAGAUCGGGAAAAGCUGUACACAUCCAUUCAUCUUAGUCCAACGACACCGUGUGGUCUCCUGAAUAAAGAUCAGUUUGAUAUUCGGCUGUAUUUCUUCAGAAGAUGCUGUGAAAAUAUGCAUAUGAUACCAUGACAAAGCAGAUAUUUGUUGUAAAGCGAGAUCCAAAGUCGGACCAGAAGUUUGUGACUAAAGUAAAUGCAUGGACGAGAUGACGAAAAAUCAUAGGGAGAACGACAAAGAAAACAUACCUCCUAUUAUACCCGAGAUACCAGACUCUGCGUAUUGUCCAGUAUCAAGCUACGAACUCUACAUCAGUAAAUUGAAUCCUGGUCAACGGCUCUGGCAGCGCCCUCUGUCAACUUUCUCAGAAAAUGAUGAUGUUUGGUACGCAAAAGUACCUGUGGAACAAAAAGUACUUGGAGCAUUCAUGUCAGAACUGAGCAAAUCUUGCGAAUUAAGUCAAGUAUACACCAAUCACUCGAUACGAGCUACUGGGGUUACGGUUCUGUCGAAGGGGAUGUUUGGCCCUACUCAAAUUAUGGCAGUAACAGGCCACAAAUCUGUACAAUCCCUUAGUGUAUAUCAACGUGUUGAUGAGGAGGAAAAAAAUCAAAUGAGUAAAACCUUGAUUGAAUUAUUAGUGCUAACACUAAAACAUCAGCUGGCUCUACUUCCAUGUGAUAUAAGUCGCCCAGUCAUACAGUCGUGUUCAUCCCUGAAACAGUUACCAGUAGCUACCACAAGUACAGCAGAUGAUUUAGUUGGUGUCGAUAUCGGUGCUCUCCUUGACAAUUUUGGAAGCACAUAUAUGUCCAACACAACCACCAUGCAAACAAGCCAAACAAAUCCAACCAUUUUCAACAACUGUACCUUUACAAUAAUUUUUUUAAGAUUUAAAAAAAAACCCACCUGGUUACCAUAGUAACAAUGUGAUCAGUGGUUCCUACACAGGUCAUUCUCUUGUUUACCAUGUUAUUGUUACUAUUUUCAAAUACUUUUACACUUGUUGACAUUGUUGAAUUUUCUCAUCAAAAAUAUUA